AUGAACUAUAAAGAUAUAAUUAGAGAUAAGAGAAAUGGAAAUGAAUUGACCAAAGAACAAGUAUUUGCUGUAGUUGAAGGAGUAACCUAAAAGCAAAUACCAGAUUACUAACUAUCAGCUUUUCUUAUGGCAGUAUAUUUUAAAGGAAUGACUAUUAAAGAACGAGGUUAUCUUACAUAAGCAAUGGCUAGUUCUGGCAAAACUAUGGACUUUUCACAUAUUCCUGGAAAAAAAGUAGACAAACAUUCUACGGGAGGUGUUGGUGACAAAACAUCUAUAAUAUUAGUCCCUUUAAUGAUGGAAUUAGGUAUAAAAUCGCCUAUGGUUACUGGUAGAGGGUUAGGGCAUACAGGAGGUACAACUGAUAAAUUAGAAUCAAUUCCUAAUUUUGUAUAAGAACUCACAUUUGAAAAAAUGGCUGAAUGUAUGAAAAAUCUUGGAACUUUUAUGGCUACUCAAACUGCAGAUAUAGCCCCUGCUGAUAAAGUUAUUUAUGGCAUGAGAGAUUCUACAGAAACAGUUGAAGAAAUCUCUCUUAUUACAGCUUCUAUUUUAUCUAAGAAAUUCUCUGAAAAUUUAGAUGCUUUAGUUAUGGAUGUAAAAUGUGGUCCUUCUGCAUUUAUGCAUACAAUCGAAAAAGCGACUGAAUUAGCUGAUUCAAUUAAAAAAACUUGUGAAGUGACAGGAGUUUUAUGUAAGGCUUGUAUUACUCGUAUGGAUUUCCCUUUAGGAGAACAUAUAGGAAAUGCAAAUGAGAUUUAUGAAUGCAUUUAGUCUUUUGAUCCUACUAGCAAAUAUGGAGAUUCUGCUAGACGUUUAUAAUUUGAUAAAGGAGUUAAGGGCUUAGUUAAAUUUUAAGAUGGAUUAUAAAGCGGAGUCGAUUUAUUAAUUUUAAUAACUUUUGUUUUGGCUUUGUAGAUAGUUAUAGUUAGUGGAAAAGAGUAAGAUGAGGAAAAAGCAUUUAAAUUGGUAAAAGAUGGAUUUUUAAGUGGAAAUUUAAUGAAACAUUUUAGAAAUUUAUGUAAAGAACAAACUGGAGAUUUAGAUAGCUUUCUGAAACAUUAUUAGACUAUAUAAGAACAUUUAGACAAGAAUGAAUAAAGUGAAAAAGUUAUCGUUUUUAGAGCUAGUGAAGAUUUUAAAAUUAAAAAAUUAGAUGGGGUUAAAUUAGGUAAUAUUAUGGUUGAUCUUAAUGCAGGAAGAAAAGUUUUUGGAGAAAAAAUUAAUCAUGAUGUUUCUAUAUAAUGGUAUGCCUAUCCUAAUCAAUUAAUUAGGAAAAAUGAUAUUAUAUGUAAAGUAUAUCAUCCUUUGUUUACUUAACAUAAUGAAGGGGGGAAAAUAUACACUACUUAUAAAUCAGAUAAACAUUUUUCUACUCAUAUUAUUGAAAGACUAUAGGGAUGCCUAGAUAUUACUUAUGAUCUUAAUUAUUAAUAUUAAGAACCUUUUAUUUAUGAUGUUCUUUGAAGU